CAAGCUAUUUUUCAUUAGACAGAUGAUGUGUAAACGUCUGAAGAUGCGUCUAUAUGCUAUGAUGUUUGUACUUUAAAUGUCUAGUUUUUUGCAUGUUAAGCCAUCCAUGCCGAGUCCCAACCGGGCUAGCAUUUGGUAAUCACUGUCUCAGUUUUAAGUCGGACUCGAUCACUGUCCUGACAACAUCUUCAGGCGCGACAUAGUGACAUAGCUCUUUAGAGGGGACUAUAAUACAACUGUUCUGUAAUGACAUAACACAUCUGCCCUGUUUUUUCAACCCAAAUCGUCAAGAACCCCCAGAAAAUCCCUUUUGAAAUUGUCAAAUUCUUAAUACCAGCACUUCACUUUAACCGCCACCAUUUGAAAGGCACGUUCCCUCUAACUAUCCAUGGCAACCACUAACCGCCAAAUCCCACCACGUUUUUUCCGAAAAAAAACUACCCACUACUUACUGUAACUAUAUAACUCUCUUCCUAAUUCCUAUGAUCAGUCACAACACAUAUUGCAUCGAAUAAACCAACAUUAGUUCUCACAUUCUUUAAUCAGUAUAUCUGUUGGAUCUUUCAAGGAGAGAAAAAAGAAGACCACUAACAUGGCAUCUGCUGUGGGUCUGUUUUGUACUUGCUUUCUAGUCUUUCUAGCAUCCAUGAAUGGUUUGGCUGAUGCAGGAAGGGUGUUCAAAGUGGGUGAUGAGUUGGGUUGGCAAGAGCCUGGAGGCAACAACACUGCAGUUUAUAGCCAAUGGGCUGAAAGGAACAGAUUUCAAGUUGAAGAUUCUCUCUUAUUCGAGUACAAGAAUGACUCGGUUAUUCAAGUUGACAAAUGGGGUUAUUACCAUUGCAACACCAGCAAACCUAUUGUUGCCUUCAACAAUGGGAGGAGUACUUUCAAUCUUGACAGGCCAGGACCUUUCUACUUUAUUAGUGGAGCCUCUGAUCACUGCAGAAAUGGCCAGCGUUUGAUUGUGGAAGUGAUGGGUAUGCACCACCAAAGAUCACAUUCUCCACCAUCCAUUGCAAAUCCACCUGAAUAUAACCUGGCACCAUCACCACAGCCAAGUUCAGGAGCAGUAGUCUCAGUGAGACUUGUUUCAGUCUUAGUGGUUGUUCUUGCCACAUUAGAAACUUUACUAUUGUCAUCUUAAACAGUUUUCAGUUAUGGUUGUUUUAGUUAUUUGGCAUUUAUUCUUUGUCAAUUGGUGUCAGGUUCCAGCUAGCUAUUGGAAUCCUUUGUCGAAACAAUUUGUCUUUUGAGUAACUGUUUAGUUAUUGAACAUUAUUGCUUUUGGCUUUCUAGGAUGAGUUUGUUUGUUUCUAAAGUUUUUAAAGCAUUUAAUUGCAGUUAUGUAAUAUUUUCUUACUAUUA